GAAAUAGAAAGAUUACACCAUUUGUAUCACCAGCAGUAGCAGAAGCAUCAAGAUCCAUCGUCGGAUCAAAAAUUAUUUAAUCGUCUGCGACCAUCUAAUACCCAGCCAGCGUGACCUCAGAUAGAUAGAUAAUGGCUUCCUCGCUCAAACGUAACACCUUUUCUAUCUUUCCUUCUUCCCAAUCUAAGGUGGCCGAGGGUUUACCGUUGCAAUCUAGACGUCAACUUCAUGUAGAACCUGGAGCUCGCGAGAAAGCUCUUUUAGCUAAAGACCCAGCACUAGAGCGCUUCAAAUCCUAUAGGAAAAGUGCAGCAAACAUCCGAAGAUUUGGAGAUUACGCUACUAUUGCUGUUGUAGCUGGAUGUUGUUAUGAGCUCUAUGUUAGGGCUAUCACACGAGAAGAAGCUCGUAAAGCUCAGUCAAAGUAGAAGCCUCAAGAAGUUGUUGAUGGUGAUUAUUGUUCUUUUUAUGCUUGGAAAGAUUGUCAAUAAUUUAUGAGUAGGCAGUGUUGUUUUUCAAAAUAAUGUUGCAAAAAUGGGUGGGAUUUGAGAUGGCUGUCAUUGAUUUAGAAACUCAACCAUAAGCCUGGUUACCAAAGCUUGUCAUGACUUUUUUCACUUCAUGUGCAUUUGCCUUUUUAUUUUUGCAGUAAUAAAUUGAUGCACAAUGCCUUCAUAAACUAA